GGGCGGAGGUGCGGUCGCCAGGCGUCGCCGCCGCUCGGUGACUUCCUGACAGCCCUCGCCGUGAAAGGAGGACACGCUUGGCGACCGACGCGCCUUCAGCCAGCCAGUCUCGAGAGGCCGGGAUGGAGGUUCCCAAGAAGGAUGACAUUCUUCUCCUGGCCGAUGAAAAGUUUGACUUCGAUCUUUCACUGUCUUCUUCAAGUGCAAACGAAGAUGAUGAAGUCUUCUUUGGACCCGUGGGGCAUAAAGAAAGAUGUGUCGCUGCCAGCUUAGAGUUAAAUCCCCACGUUCCCGAAGAACCGCUUCUGCCAGGCUCGGAAGGUCACUUCACCUGGAGCCCUCUCACUGGGGAGAAGUUUGUGGAAGUGUACACGGAGGCUCACUUGCUGGCCUUCCAGAUCGAAAGCAAAAGCAAAAACAAGGCAGCCCAAGCGGCCAGGCCCGAAGACCUUUGGAGCCAGAGCGUGGAGAGAUUUAUCCAGGAAUCGAAAUUAAAAAUAAACCUGUUUGAGAAAGAAAUGGAAAUGAGGAAGAGCCCCAGGUCGCUGAAGAGGGAGACAUAUUACCUGUCGGACAGCCCCUUGAGGGCACCGCUGAGCCAGACCCCCUUGGGGGCAGCUUCUGCCCAGGCCGGCCAAGCCCAGACGCAGGGACCGCUGCACUCGCCUCGCUCUUCCUUGCCGGUGGAACCCGGUGCUGCUCCCCCUCCAAACCAGGCAGGGCCUCAGAAAAAGGUCAUCAGCCAGUUGGUACGGCCCCGAGCUUCGUCUGUGAGAGGGAAAACCAUUCAUGCGGCCGCGGAGCAGCCUAUGAAAAGGAUACCAGCUAGCCCUUCCGGCGUGAGAAACCUAAAUGAGAAGGAAUCCCGCGGGGCCGUGCCCCCUGACAAAUCCAGUGCUGCCCGGGAGGGCGCCAGCUUGCCGGCCGGGGGCAGCCACUUGGUCCAAGGCAAGCGAUCGCUCCCUGUCCUGAGCAAGUUGGGGCCGAAGAGGACCCUGUUAAAACCAAGUGGGUGUGCUGGCGGUCUUUCAAGGAAGUCGUCUUCCUCAGGGUCUGUUUCUGGUGGGAUUUCCAGUGUGUGUGCUUCUCCGGCCACCUGCAGAGCUAAAUCAAGUGAACCUGCAAGUUUUCCUGCGAACAGUUCCCCGCCUGUGUCAUGCACCAGCCAGUCAGGCAGAGUGGGACCUGCUGUGUCCCGGCAGUCCCUGCAGGGAGGCCCUGGGGGUGCGUCCUGCAGAAGGAGCAAAUGGACCUCGGCUGCGGAGGUGACAAGGGAGCCAGCCAAGGCGCUCACCCCCGCGGCUGUCGCCCAAGCCCCGACUCUGGAACAGGGAGGCCCGGGGCUGAGCUCUCAUUCCAGCUGGUCGCCGCCGUCUCCGUUGAAUACGGCCGGGAGUGCGAGAGGGCGUGAUUCCCGGCUACCCUGCAAGACAAAGGCGAUGCCCACCCCAACAAGUCACUUUAAGGUCCCCAAGUUUUCUACUGGUGAGCCUGCAGAGAGUGCAAUGCCAAAGUCCUGUCGGGCACAGAGGCCAUAUUCCUGCACAUCAGUGGGAAGGGUAGUUGUCCACAGCACUCCCGCUGGACACUCAUCCGGGCCGGCCUCACCAGGACAUUUAAGCGGUAUGACGACCCCUGUGAGUACGAGGCGUGGGUCAGCCUUGCCCACGCCCGCCAGCCGUCGGCUCUCCAGCCUUCCACGGGUGACUCCUAAAACUGUGCCCAGAGCUCUGGCUUCUCCCGUGUGUGUGUCUGCUCUGCGGCUUUCCUCUGAACUCCGGAAAAAAUGUGCAGUGAGAGCCGCGCCAACCAGGGCGAGCAGGAGCGAGGCUGCCUCCGGGCGCCAGGACUCGUCGUCUGACGGGUCCUGUUCCCCCCCGUCGGCUGUGCCACAGGCACUUAACUUUUCUCCUGAAAAGAGCGACUUGGCUGUUCCAAAAAGCAUCACUGCAGAAGGAGUGCCAGCUGCGGCCCAGCCACCCGAAGACACACGCCCUCGUGAGGCGAUUCUUGUGGAUCUUAGACUGGAGCAACUUGCCAUCGCUCCGAAAGCCGAGGGCCCAGCCCUCGUCAGCCCCCCUCUUGUGGACCUGGGCGGUACUCCAGAAGCAAGCGUGGCCCCGGGCUCUGAAGGCAGACCUCUGAUUGACCUGCUGAUCAACACUCCGGACGUGAACAGAACCACCGCGUCCAAGCCUCUCCACGAGGUGGCACAGCUGAUAGACUUGACUUCUCCUCUGAUCCAGCUGAGUCCCGAGGCUGACAAGGAAAAUGUCGAUUCGCCACUUCUCAAGUUCUGAGGAGAAUAAAACCCUUCGCAUUUUACAUUUCGUUAAAAGAACUGUCGGUCCUAAGGUGGUUUUCAACCCUUAGAAAUAAAUCUUAGGAGCAAUUGUUUCGUGGUUGUUGUUUACAGCAACCCCAAGUAAAGGUCCCGGGCCUAGAGGGGAUGUUGUGCAAUCGGCCCCGAGCUUACCGCUGCCCCACACGCUGGGCUGGAGGUGAAGAAUUUUGUUUUGUGUCUUUUGCGUGUAAAAAUGGCAAGUGACUAUUUUUAAAAUUAAGUUUGCGUGAAAAGGUAAAUAUUCUAGGUUUAAAUUAAAUUGGAAAAUAAAUGAAAGUGUAUUAAA